UUGAAUAAUCAUUACUCCUUUGUUUGCCGAAUUGUGUUCAUCCUUAAGAAAAUGGGAAUGUUAAUAUGGUUUUCCCAAAUCCUCUGCCUUUCCUUCAUAUUGUUACAGUUUCGAGUCCGAAGCUCCUCACCUUCUCAAUCUUCUCUUGAUUCACCGCCACAUUUGUGCCAUCCUGAAGAGCGUUCUGCAUUGCUUGAUUUCAAAAGCACUACUAAUAUGGUGGAAGGCUGUCUUGGUACUCCUAUAAUACAAACUUGGAACGAGAGCAUAGACUGCUGCUUGUGGGAGGGUAUCACAUGCGACAAGCCAAAAGAUCAUGUCAUUGGCCUUGAUCUUAGCAGUAAUUGUCUUGAAGCUGAUCUAACUACAAAUAGUAGUCUUUUCCGCCUCGAGAAAUUGCAGAGCCUCAACCUUUCUCACAACAAUUUUAGUUUCCCCAAUAUCUCAUUUGGGUUUCACCGUUGGAAGAGUUUGACAUAUCUUAAUCUCUCAACAUUGGGAUAUAUGGAUGGUUCUCUCCUGUUUGAGAUCUCCUUGGUAUCGAAAUUGGUUUCACUCGAUCUCUCCUGUAAUUAUGGUUUGCUUCUUGACAACAUAAAGUUUCAAAUGCUUGUGCAUAACUCAACAGAAUUAAGGUUUCUUAUCCUUGAUUCGGUGAAUAUGUUUUUGGUUGUGCCUUCUUCCUUGCUAAACUUGACUUCCUCCUUAGAAUAUUUGAGCCUUAGCAAUUACCUUCGAAACAAUAGGCUUACCGGACCUAUUGAUCAUGUUAAGAUGCCUAAUCUCAUUUUACAAGAAGUCUAUUUGUCCAAUAAUGAGAUAAGCGGUGCAAUUCCUAGCUCUUUCUUUCAUCUUGUGAAUCUUACUAUAGUCCACCUUUCUUCAAAUAAUUUAAGUGGCACCAUUACGGACUACAUGCUUUCAAAACUUGUAAACCUUGAAACUCUUGAUCUUUCCAAUAAUAGUUUGCUGUCUUUAAGCAAUGAUGAUCCAACUUACUACAAGGAUCACUUCCCAUUCUAUCAACAACUUGGGAUUCUAUGUAAGCUAGAAACUCUAGAUGUGGGGAACAACAACUUGAAUGAUACCUUUCCACAUUGGUUAGGUGUUCUUCGAUUGCUAAAAGUUCUCAUCCUUCGAUCUAAUCAAUUUCAUGGUGCCAUCAGCAAUUCUAUGCCUGUAUUUUACUUCCCUCAUCUGAGAAUCAUUGAUGUAGCACAGAAUCAUUUUAUGGGCCCCCUACCAAGUAGCUAUUUCAAAAUUUUGAAAGGUAUGGGAAAUGUAGCUCCAGCUGAUAAAGUCAAAUUAGAAUACAUUGUUGAGGAGCGAUACAUUGGUUACGUGCUAGGACGUAAUAAUACGCACUGUGUACUAGUGAGAAGUUGCACAUUUGAUCAUACUAAUAUUAAUUAUAAGGAUUUUGUGAAGGUAGUAAUGAAAGGUUUAGAGCUGAAGCUUGAAAGGAUCUUGACAAUUUUCACAACCAUUGAUUUCUCAAGCAAUCAAUUCCAUGAGAAAAUUCCUGAAGAGCUAAGAGAACUCAAUUUAUUUAUAGUGCUAAACUUGUCUCACAAUAGUCUCAUAGGUCAAAUUCCAACAUCGUUGGGGAAACUAGCAGAACUCGAGUCAUUAGAUCUCUCAUCAAACAAGCUUGAAGGUAGGAUUCCUGAGCAAUCGGCAAAGCUAACGUUCCUAUCAAUUUUGAACCUUUUACACAAUGAACUUGUGGGCCACAUACCUGAAGGGAAACAGUUCAAUACUUUCUCAAAUGAUUCCUACAUUGGGAACUCUAGGUUGUGUGGAAUACCAUUGACAAAGAAAUCCCACAACGAGGAAGAACAAGGAGCACUUCCAUCACAAUUUGAUGAAGAAGAUGACUCUACAACACUCUUUGAGUGGAAGUUUGCAUUGGCAGGCUAUGGGUGUGGACUAGUGUUGGGACUUAGUUUGGGAUACAUUGCCUUCACUAUAGGAAAACCAUGGUGGGGGACAGCAGGUGCAGUUGAUUUCCUACUCUGGAAGAUCUGGUGACAGUUGCUUCUUGAGUUUGUUUCCAUAUUUUUCAUGUUCAUUGUUGACAUAUAGUUGUGUUGACUUGUGUGGGAAUUAUGGUUAUGUAUGAACUUGUGUUGAUUUCUUUUGGAUUUCAUCUAUCUACUCUACAGGCAGUUGCUCAUGUAUUUUUCUUUGUGUAAUUGGUUUCUUUUAAUGUUAUUAAUCUCUUCAUAUUUUAUUCUCUUUUCCUUUGUUUUGGUUGCCUUUGAACGGUGCAUUUUACUGAAGUAAAAUGUAAAACUUCUU